GCAAACAGUAUAUAACAGCAGAUCUUUGUUAGUCUUUCUAACAGUUACGUGGAUUACAGUCUAUUUAAAUCAUGAAGGUGGCCUGUCUUCUCCUUUUGUGUCUGGCUGCUGGAAGUCAAGCCAAUUUUCUUGAUGACCUGAAGAAUGCCUUUACAAACGUUGGACAUGCGCUAACAACUACAGUCCACGCUGUUGGAGAUCAAGCCAAAGUAGUUGGACAGAAUCUUCUAAAUACAGCUGCCGAGCAAGGAAAACAGCUCGCCUCUCAAGCUCUUCAGAGUCUGUUGAUGGGAACCAUGAAUGCCCUCAGUACGCCUACCGGAACAGACACAACUGGUACCAAAAGAUCUCUGUCUGAACUCCUUCAGCAAUCUAAGCCUUUGACUGAUGCCGCUGAGAAGAUCGUGCAGGAGAAGAUGGACAAAAUGAAGGGUGCCUACACAGAGGCUGUAGACAAGCUUAAAAAUCUCGCCUCUCAGCUCACCGUUCUCCCUACAUCUGAACUUGUCCGCAAAGUAGACCAGGUCGUAGCUGCCCACCACAUUGUUGCUGAUGAUAUCCAAACCGAACUCGUCUCUGAACUUACUGGACUCUUCGGAAAGGUCCUAGCUUUACACCCAGGAAACAAGAGAAGCACCUUCACAGACGCUCUGGCUACUGUUGGACAAGGUCUUGCUAACUUCUUCCAGCCCCAUGUCCAAGCUGUCCAACAGAUGGUCAGUGGAGUUGGUGAUACCUUGAAGCAGACAGCCACUUCUUUCCACACAAGUUUGACAACAGGUGCUCACGGAGAUGCUGUUCACCAGUCUGUAUCAGCUCUGGCACAACACGGACAAAACGCUCUCUCUGCUCUAAAGGACGCCGUCUCCGAUAUCCUCCAACAAACUCUGACCAACAUGCAGCCACAUAUUGUUAACCUUCUCAAUCAUGGCGCCCAAGCUCUUCAGGAAACCCUUGCCAAACAAAACACAGGCACAACAUCCGAGUAGAUUAUAGGGGACUAUAUAUUUCAUGUAUUAAGGGUCUAGAGUAAUAAAUUAUUGAUGUAAAUAGAUUUAAAUUUAUUUUACAAUACACAA